AUGGCGCCAGCUGCUCCGAAGCGGCCGUCUCUGGCAAACGCUGGCCGUGGUCGGGUACAAGCACAAGCCUCGUCGGCGCGCAGGAGCAUCUUCUCCUACAGCGUCGCUGCGUCGUACAUCGCCAAAGACCGCCCGUUUGACCCCAACACCCACGUCUUCCACUUCAACCCCUACAACCGCCUCCAGCAGAACACCUCCACACAAAAGAAGAAGCCAUCGCAGCGGCCCGAGAGUGGCCAGGAUGCCUUUUUCGUGAGUCGCGUCGGCGACACUGGCACAGUAGCACUGGCAGUAGCCGACGGCGUCGGCGGCUGGAUGGACUCGGGCGUCGACCCGGCCGACUUUUCCCAUGGCCUCACCGAGUACAUGGCCGCGGCCGCCUACGAGCACGGCAAGCCUUUGGGCCAGGGCCAGAAACAGCAGACCAAGUCCGCCGGCCAAGGGGCAUCCACACCCACACUCUCGGCCCGCCGUCUCCUGGAAAUCGGCUAUCAGGCGGUGCGCCAUGACCGUUCCAUCGAAGCCGGCGGCUCCACCGCCAUCGUUGGCUUGCUCUCGCCGGACGGCGAGCUGGAGGUCGCCAACCUCGGAGACAGCGGCUACAUCCACCUGCGCCUCAACGCCGUACACGCCUGCUCCGAGCCGCAGACGCACGCUUUCAACACGCCCUACCAACUCAGCAUGAUCCCGCCCAACAUCCUGGCGCGCAUGGCCGCUUUCGGCGGUGCGCAGCUCAGCGACGAGCCGCGCGACGCCGAGGUCACGCGCCACGACCUCUGCCACGGCGAUGUGCUCGUCUUUGCGUCCGACGGCGUCUGGGACAACCUCUUCAACCAGGACAUUCUGCUGCUCGUGAGCCGCGCCAUGACGAUGACGGGCGCGUGGCAGGCCACCACCAAAGACGCAGGCGCCGCCGUGGCUGUGGCGCCGCCGGCCGUGCUCAAGCGGUUGACCGACCCGGACACCGCCGAGGAGAGCAGCGGCAGUCACGUCAUCACCCUCCAGAGCCUGAUUGCCACGCAGGUCACGGGCGCGGCCAAGGCGGCGAGCGUCAACACCAAGCUCGAUGGGCCCUUUGCCAAGGAGGUCAAGCGCUACUAUCCACAGGAGACGUGGCACGGCGGCAAGGUGGAUGACAUUUGCGUCGUCGUGGCCAUCGUCUCGGAAGAGCCUGCUGCUGCUGGCAGCGGCAGCAACGACGGCGACGCACCGAUCAAGAGCAAGCUCUAG